GUCCAUAACAACAAAAAUAGUUUUACUAUAAUUUUAUGUGAUAUUAAAUGCAAAAAAAAUAUAUAAAAUAAAAUAAAUAACUAAAUUAUGACCAAAACUAUUGAUGUAAAGAGUGAACCAAAAGAGCUGACAGAGAAUAAACAGAAUAAUAUGAAAACAGAGACAAAGACUACGAAAGGAAAAUCAAAGGAAAACUUAGACAACGACGACAAGACUAAGAGGAAUAAUGACAAUAACAACAACAACACCACUGAUCAGACAUUAAUUGAUAGCAAGAAGAAGCCAUUGUCUCAAGACAUCAAAUCGGAUGCAAAGACAACAACGACUAAUGACACAAAAAAUACGGACCAAACCAGUGACGUACAGAAACACUACAAUCGUGACGUCUGGUUUGUGACCAGCAGUUCGGCCAAAGCAAAGAUCGCUUCCCGAACAAAACAGUUGGAAAAAAUUUCGGCCGAAAUACUGGCCAAUCCGGAUGUGGCUCACGAAGAGAAAGAGAUACACCGAUAUCUGUGCGGCCUAUUAGCCAAACUGGACUGUACUGUCCAUUCGUCUUAUAUUCAUCCGACGGCUUUUAAGGCCGAAUUCAAGCCGAAUAGUAAAACGAAUGUCACUGUCGGCCUGAUCUGCGAGUACGACGCCGUCAAAGGUUUUGGCCAUUCAAAGGGCAACAACUUGUCGACUGAGGCCACGAUUGCUACCUUUCUGGGUAUUCGUGAGGCCAUGAAAGCCGAUUCGCGAUUAUUGGGAACAGUGAUCAUACUCGGGACGCCUGCUUCGGAGGAAUCGUCCGGCAAAAUACGUAUGUUGAAGGAGGGGGCGUUCAACGAUAUGGACGCCCUGUUUGCUGUCCAUCCGUCCAAUUAUGACAGUUUGUGUCCAAAGUUUUAUUGUUCACAAAAAAUUCGGGUAAACUUUUUCGGCAUUUCCCGUCACAUCGACUGUCUGAACGUGAGUCCCGGCGAAAAUGCUUGCGAGGCAUCGGUUCUUUGCUACACCAAUGCAUUGGCACUGUCAGCACAGGUACAGCCCCGUUGUCAGAUCCACUGUAUCAUCAAACGGUGCGGCGAUGUUGACUAUCUGGUACCGAAAAAAACCGAACUAGUGUUCAGUGUACGGGCGCCGACACUUCACGAGUUAGACUCAAUCAACAAACGUAUUGUCGACUGCGGCGAAGCGGCAGCUCUGGCCACUCGAACCCGAGUAGAGUUUCACUUUCCCGACGACGAUAUGCACUGUUCGGUCAAUCAUAACAGCGUUUUGGCCAAAGUAUUCAAAGACGAAGCCAAAAAAUUGGGCAUCACUUUCAAGACCAACACCACUACUGCCGCCAACAACAACGAUAACGACUCGGACAUCAUCUACCGGACCACUGAUUUAGGAAAUGUGUCGCACAAAGUGCCGCUCAUUUACCCCGCUUUUGCGAUCGGCUGUCCAGAAGCCGCCGACACGUAUGUCCACAGUCGGCAGUUUUCGACAGCUGUGGCCAAAGUCGAUGCCCAAAAAUAUACAAUCAAAGCGGCAACAGCUUUGGCAAUGACUGUCAUCCGAUAUCUUUUGGACGAUAGUAUCCGACAAAAUGCCAAAAAACUAUUUGAUAGCGAUUUUCAAGCACUAAACAAAUGUUUGAUUAAAACGGUUGAACAAAAAGUGGUUAACAAUACAGACAAGAAAAAUGAAAAAUAA